AGUUGUAGAUCGAAUGCCAUAGCGAACAGUUGAUGGUGCAUCACUUGGAAGUUGUGCAUUGUGCAAUUAAAAUAGGGAGUGAAAACAAGUCGAUCUUAUACGUGUAAUAAUAGAUACGUUGAGUCCACUCAAAAUUACAAACACGUAGAUCUGAUGAUUCGGUUCAGUGGCGGCUAGCAGUUCAGUGUGUACACUAUUCAGUGAACAGUCAACGUUUUCAUUGCCAAGUGUGUUUUAAUUACAACGGAGUAGUAGCUAAAAUAAAACCGAUCAAUCAUGUCAAACAAGCCAAUUUUGUAUAUGCACACCUUUAGCCCACCAUCUCGGGCGGUUUUAAUGACUGGAGCAGCGCUUGGCAUUGAGUUCGAGUGUAAAGUGGUAAAUUUGUUGGAAUUUGCGCAUUUGGAACCCAAGUUUGUCAAGCUCAAUCCACAACACACCAUUCCGUUUCUCGAUGAUAACGGCGUGCUGAUAGCUGAUAGUCAUGCAAUUUGCGCAUAUUUGGUUGGGAAAUACGGCAAAGACGAUUCACUUUACCCAAAAGACUUGGCGAAACGCGCUCAAGUAGAUUCUCGUUUGCACUUUGACUCUGGCCAUCUCUUCGCUCGAUUGCGAUUUUUGUAUGCACCAAUUUUGUACUGUAAGUCUUCCGAAAUGCCUGAGGAUCGUAUCCAGAAUAUACAAACGGCUUGGGAUAUUCUGGAACGAUUUCUCUCCGAAACACCAUACGUUUGUGGCAAUGAUUUGACCAUUGCCGAUUUAUGUUUGGUCGCAACUGCAUCCUCUUUGACUGAUAUCGUUCCGUUGGACCCAGUCAAACACUCUAAAAUCAAACAAUGGAUCGAUCGAUUGUCACAAUUACCAUACUAUGAAGAGGUCAACGCAAUCGGAGCUAAGGGAUUACAAGCGGCCAUACGUAAAUUGCUGAAAAAGAAUGCAGAAUCGAAGUAAAAACAAGUGAAUAAGUGAAAUUUCGACAAUUCCUAAUGGAAUUAGGUGUGUCAAUUAGUUUUUCCACAUGAAAUUCGAUAUUGAAUUGAAAAUUAUCAAUCAUUGUCACAAUGACUGAGGUGUGUCAUGUGUCAUUUUAUUUUUGAAUGUAAGUGAUUACACAUUUGACAAAGAUAACUUUCAGCGAUUCUUGAAGAAAAAAUCAAAACAAACUUGAGAAAAUACUGGAAUAAUUAAAAAAAAAAGUUUGAAGAACGAAGAAAAACAAAAUGAGAUUGAAAAAAAUAAAACAAACUUUGAUGAAUUAAGACA